AUGCCCGGCGCCGCCGACGCGCGCGCGGCGGCGCAAAAGGGUGAUAAGCAGCGCCAGAAUGUUUUUGAACCGAUGAGUGGGACGCGAAUUUCAAAUCGUCUCGUGUCCGGCGCCGUCGUGCGCGCGCGAUUCGACGAUCGCCGACACUGCGCGAUCAAAGAUUUAGAAAAGGAAAUCGUCGGCAAGCACGGAUUCGUGGGCGUGGUGACGGAGGCGAGGAUAAAGGUGAAUGGAAGAGGUUCAAAGUACGCGCUGUGGACGGUGAGCGAGCUGCGCGGCGGCGGCGCGAGCGCGACGGUGUCGGUGUUCGGAGACGCGUACGCGGCGCACGGUGAAGACGAAAAGAAGGCGAUAGGAUUCAUAUGGGGAGUGUUUGAUACGAAAUUCUACCAAUCGCGAAGCGUGAGCGUGGAGGAUGGAGGACAGUUGAUGAAGAUUGGCGCCGCCGCGGAUUUCGGCGUGUGCAAGGCGACGAGGAAAGACGGGACGCCGUGCACGAAGGCUGUGAACGUGUCGGAGUGUAAGUUUUGUGAAUUUCACGUCCCGAAAGCGAUUCGUGAGGUGGCGAACGCGCAGCGACAGAUGACGGGGAAGAGAAACGCGAAUGGAGACUUCAAAGUCGGCUUGCAAAAGUACGGAGCGUCGAUGCAACCGACGAGCGCUCGAGCGAGUCAUUUACAGCGACCGGGCGAAGGCUUGAUGAAUGGCGGUCCCGCACCGAGCGCGAGAGCACAAGCGAUCUUGAAGCAAUCCAACGCACAUCUCCCUCGCAACGCGUUCAAACCUAAGCGAACGGGAGAGGAAUUCGCGGCGAGACUGCACGCCAAGGCGCCGACGACGAUGGCGCUCGAAGAGGAAGAUUUGGACUUUGAAGACGAUAAAGAGGCGCUCGCGACGCUCGCGAGGCAACACGCGGCGUCUAUUGCUCAGACGCGUCAGGACGCGUCGCGUGCGAAGCAACGCGAAGUGGCAGAGCGGUUGAGAGCGACUGGACUUACGCUAACAAAGCCAGACCCGAACGACACGUCGGCGAAGAAACCGACGACGACGGUGCGAGCGGAACCCAAACCGUUGCCCGAAACCCUGAAAGCGCAUGGUUUACAGAUGGCCACCGUGCAACAGUUAGAACGUAAGCUCAAGGCUGAGAUUGCGCGUAGAGAGGCGCUGGAGAAGGAGAACGAAGAGUUGCGACGUCAACUCGCCGAAGCGCGCGGCGCGCCUGCCUCGAGUUUCGCUCCAGCGCGGCCGGCGAUGCGAGACGUGUCGAACAACGGCACCAAGUCCACGAGCGCGCCGUCGACUACGGCUAGAUUAUUCGGUCACGUCGCCGCGCCCGCGUUGAAGUCUCGAUACGCCGCCGAAGCCGAAGAAGAAGACGUGGAUCAAAUGAUGAAGAACAUGGACGCGUUGGAAGAACGCGACCAGCUCGCCGCACAACUCGCGCUGAAACGCGAGGUCAAAGUCAAGGUGUACCAUUGCACGGUGUGCGAGAAAAAGACCCGAUUUUUUGAUGUUGCGACUUGUAGAGAGCAUCGCGACAGCGUGAAGCACGUGGAUUCCAUCAUGCGAUACUUCCGCUGUAAGGGGUGCAACCGAACGAACACGUCGUUCGACUCGCUGACACCCAAGCACUGCGAGAAGAGUGGGUGUAUGAGCGUGGCAUUCGAGCGCGUCACCGUCGCGGACGUCACCACCGCGGCGAAACCACGCAAAGAAGAUUUGGUCGCCGUGGAGGGCAACGUGGCGAAUCGAGACGCCCUCGCGCCGCGCGGCGUCGAACAUGGUUUUAGGUUGGACACCAUACACAAUAGCGCUUAG